AUGUUCAUAAAUUGCCUUGUCGAAGGAAAAAUCCCAGUUAAAGCAUUAAUCGAUACAGGGUCUAAAUCCAAUACCAUUAGCAAGAGCUUGUUUGAUAAGCUUGAAGAAGAUUAUGGAAUACGUGAUUUUGAUGAGAAUCUCUAUGGGGGUGUAGUAGCUGUCCCUGUUGAGAAUCUCUAUAGAGAUGUAAUAGGUGAAAUAAAAUGCUUAGAUUUGCAAUUUCAUUAUAAAGGAAAGUGGCGAAGCUUAGAUGGCACCGAAGUAAUAGACUUUCAAAUUCGCAAAAAUCCAUCGUUCGAUCUGGUAUUAGGGAGAGAUUGGUUAUGGAUGUAUAAAGCAAAAAUAUGUUUCGGAUUUUCUUCUGAAAUCAAUGAUUCUUAUGCUAAAAUUAUAAUCGAUGGUAUGAGUAUCCCAUUAAUCAAAGAAGAUAAUAAGCAAAGAAAGAGGUAUCACGGCAGACACGAAGUGUCCUGCUCCGCAGACAAACCUCCUGUACCUCCAACACCCAGAAGAUUGGAUGAUGAUUUCGGUAAAGAAAUUAAAAAGGCAACCCGGAAUCUGAAAAAAACGAUUCAUACGCUCCAUAGAUCUGGCCAAGAAUAUAACCUUACUUCCGACUCUGAUACAACCUCCGAUUCGAACACUUCUGAUUCAGAUACUUCAGCAAUAGAGGAUAUGCAUAGGACCGAAGCUUGCUUUGCAAAAAGAAAACGUCCCAUUCUAAAGCGUAAAGUAAAGAGUAAAGUCUCACGGAGUGAGGAUGCUAUCGCACCUGAUUAUCGGGCUUUAUAG